AUGGCACAUGGAAGGUUUUCCACCCGGCAGGUUUGGAACAGUGCGAAUGAGCUGGUCCAGGCCUACUCCAUAGGUCGAAGUGAAGCUGCAGCAGCACUCAAUCUUCUGAACUCAGUGGCCCCAUCGGUGUGUGAAGAGUUGUCAAACUUGGUGAAGCAGCACAGCAUGCAAAAGUUUCUCACACACGAAGCUAUUGCAGCGGGAGUUUUCAAUGAAGGGACGUGCUGCGCAACCAGCUCUCAAUCCGAGUGGGCUGACGUUUUGACAGUGAAUCGACAGAACUUGACCUGGUUGAUCCAAAGGAUGUCCAGCGACUUCAACAGCCAGCAUACCAAGAUGCGAAAGCCCUGGAGUUCGAAGGAGCUGGAACCUUUGCAGCGAGCUUGCUGCGCCUUUGUUGCUUCCUGUGUGGCUUUCAGAUCCAAAUACCCGAGCGACUUUGUGAAGACAGAGAUGCCUGCUAUCAACAAAGGGUUCUUGCUCCGGCACGGCGACGCCGAGAUCCUCGCCAUGAUGGACGACAGUGCCCCGCCAAUUGACCUGAUGCGCAUUGGCCUUUUCCGUGUGGCCAUCAUGAAAUUCCAGAAGAAGGCCAGAGCCAAGACAGUUUGCCCGAAGUCAUUCCUUUAG